UGUAGCACGAUCAGUGAAAAUGUUCGUGAUAAUUCUGCUUUUUGCUAUACCGGGUGUUCUUACAAUUCAAAACUUUUUCGCGACUCAAACUUUUUUCACAAGCGAUACUAUAGACACUUUUUCUAGUUCUUCGGGUAUACUAGAACGAAUUGAAAAUAAUCCUAAUCGAAAUGACUCUAUACGAAGGUUUUUGAAAAGUUAUAAUUCGUUGCGGCCCGUUGGUGUUUUAAUAGACGACACUGAAGAAAGCAACAACGCUGCCAGGGAUUUUAUCAAAAAUCUUUUCAGCAUUACUCCGAAUGCGAAGCAAAUAACAUUUUUUAUUUUAAAAUUUAACAGUUCAGGUACCACAGCUUUAAAUGAUAUAAGAGGAACUGAAACCGAUAAACUUUUCAAUGCAUUGACUCAUAAAACGAGGACUGGAUAUUUCGAACUAGGAAACAUACAAGCAAACGGAGCUGUUGGUUUUUAUGCAAUUUUACAAGCCGCUACAGUUCUUCCCACAGAGAGCGCCAUUCUCAUGUUUAUUGAUAGAAAACUGAGUGAUGAGGAUUUAGCUGGACAUACAGCUAUAGUCAAGAAGAAGAAUAUUAAGGUGUAUGUAGUGUGGGGUGGUAUUUAUCCCACAAAAACUAAUGAAGAAAAACUCCUGAAGGAACUUUGUAGCUACUCCGGUGGAUUAUUUUUAAUCAACGAGAAUAAAGAUUUAUCAAAAUAUAAUUAUAGGAAUUUUAUAAGCAAUUAUAAGCGCGACUUGUACACGUCACUUAUAUUUAGUAAGUCCAAUAUAACUGAUGAAAUGAAGUUUAGUUUCCCCAUAGAUUCAGAAGUAAAUUACAUACAUAUAAUAAUAACUCCCUCGGAUAUUCAAGGAACAUUGACAACUCCAAAAGGAGAACAUGUGGAAUUAACUGACAGCAACGGUAUUGCGUCGUAUGGAAUUGGAUCAUUCGGAUUUACUGAACGAGGUCAACGAGAAGUUUUCCUGGAUACGACGAACCGCGUCGGCUUAUGGAAUAUCCACAUCAAAGCGCCGACGACACCUAAUACUUGUAGCCUAAAAAUUUUCGUACGCACCAAACUUACUGCGCAGGCGUAUUUCGUUAAAGGAAAUGCAGGUACUUCAAGAAACAGAACUAAAGUGUUGAAAUUAGACUUGACAGGUCAUUUGGGUACAAUACACAAUAUAAGUCUUCUGAAUACUAAUGGUAAUUUGUUGUCAAACAAACUUCUAUACAAAGUUUCAAAAGACAGUUCAAAUAAAAGCAAAAAUGAUAGAGGAAAUAAGGAAGUAGAUAUAGAGCUUAUUGACGUUCCCCAAACCUCAUUUCAAGUGAAAGUAGAGGGGACAGACGGCAGAGGAAAUCACUUUUCUCGGCUCACUUACGUAAAUGAUAACAAUAGUAACAUCUUACCAAGGGAGAUUUUAGCCAUUGAUGUUGGAGAAGGUUCUGAGUUGAUAGUAACUAGUGGUGGAAAAUCUGUAAUAUUGUUUGAAGUCACCAACCUAGGAAAUGUAGCUGCUGAUGCUAUCUUUUAUUGCAAAGAUGAUCAGUCUACAUUAGAAAGUAUGCAACCAUACAGGAAAAUUAUUAGUCCAGAAGAAACAAUAAUAGUAACUGUGACAUUAGCCAGCAAAUAUACGACGUACCAAAAUUUAGUUACUUUCAGAGCAGAUGUAGGGUCUAAAUAUGUAGAAAAAAAAGUCCAAAUUGAUGUUGGAUCUAAAUCAAACAAUGAUAAUACAAUCCCUUCUUUAGAUUAUACUUAUCUCAGUGAUUGCUCCAAAGUUAUUUUUUCAAAUUGUGAUCAAGGUACUUGGACAAUUGAAGCCAAAGCUAGAGAUCAAGAAUCAGGUUUGAUGCAAUUUACAUCACAACCAAAAGGAAUAUAUGUUCAGAAUGGGUUUUUAACAGGAACAAAGGAAGAAGUUACAGGAACUUACAGUGAUUCCUGCUGUAAUGCAGCCUUACAGCUUAUUGCAAUAGACAGAGCUAACAACAAAAAAACAGUAUCAAUUAAUGCAUACAAAGCAGUAUGGGGACCUGGACAAAUAUCUGCUGUAGUAUUGGGAAUAUUAUUAUUUAUCCUGUUGAUAAUAUUAGUUAUCUAUUUAAUCCUAAGAUAUAUCAAGAAGAAAAAAGCAUACAAUCUGCCUACUUACAGAGGAAGUGGGAUGUAAUAAAACUCCUUAAGAUACUAACAAAAUGGCAGUUUAAACUUUUUAGUAUUCAUUUUAUUUCAAAUGCAAUGUAUGUUCACAUUCUGUACUAAAUGAUAAGAAAGUAAUAUAAUUCAUUAUUUUUA